GCCUUCUUCCCAUCACAACUCUUUCUGUCCCCUCCCUGCCAACCUAGAGCCCUCUCCCUGAGGUGUCCAAGUGUAGCCCUCCCUGCCCCAAGGGCCCUUGCUCACAGGGAAGCUGCACCUAGGACUCUGCCUGCUGGGUGCUAAGACACUGAGGUUCUGGUUCUCUUCAUCUCUGGGUUCCCAGCUCUCUUCUUAAAAGCCAAUGUGGUGGUUUUGAUGUGUGAGAAAUUCCUGCCUGGUUGGGUGCUGUCUUUCUAUUCUUCACUUUUUGUCUUAUGAAGAACAAAUUAAACCAUCUCCUUACCCGAAUCUUGAGAGGAAACAGCUUCCCUGUCUCCAGUCCCCAUGUCCUUUCCUCUCAUCUCCUCAGGGGUCCAUUCUCCAAAACGUCUCUCCAUCAUUGGAUCAGGAGCCUCGUCUCCUGUGGCUUCUGCACCUGCUCUCCUCGUUCUCUGGAUGGGAAUGUCUGGUUCCUUCCCUGAGGAUGUGUUCUAGAAGCUUCAGCUUCACUGUGAUGACUGUCGGAUGCCUUAGCGCCUGCGCUCCUGCAGCCAGGAUCCCUAUCAUACUGCCCUCUCUGCCUUUCAGGAGCGAUGGGCUUUUGGGGGAGGACCCAUUAGCUUUCUAAGCUCUCCCGUGAAACUGUGUCAUGCUCCAUCCCUUAGUGCCAGGGUUGACUGGGUUUUGCGGUGAUCCUCGUCUGGAAUGAAGAAAGCCUGGCUUGCGCAGAGGUGUUUCCCUGCAGAGGGGCUUGGAGAAGCAGAAGUGGCAGUAUCUGCUAUCUUUUACGUCAGAGACUGCUAACUGGCAGACUUCCCGCAUGUCUGUCUUGAACCCACUACUAGAUAUUUCUGUUAACUGACUGGCCCUUUGCUCUUUAAGUCCUGAAUUUGGUCUGAUUUCCAUUCUCUCGCCAGCAUGCCUACCUGCUAUGAUUCUGGAUAAGCUCCGAUCCUCUCUUGGGUUACUUUAUUUGCUCACUCAGGACAGAGGGCUCUGAUCUAGGACCAGCAACUCACACCCUCUCCCCUCACAUCCACAGGCUUGAAAUGAGAUGAGAUGUUCCUCCCUCCCCUUUCAACCAUGGACCUCACACUGUGGACUUUCUCUUAGAGCCUCUGAGAUUGGUACUCAAGCAAGGCACAAUGUCCCUGCCCCCCAUAAGACUGCCCAGCCCCUAUGGCUCUGAUCGGCUGGUACAGCUAGCAGCCAGGCUCCGGCCAGCACUAUGUGAUACUCUGAUCACUGUAGGGAGCCAGGAGUUCCCCGCCCACAGUCUGGUGCUAGCAGGUGUCAGCCAGCAGCUGGGCCGCAGGGGCCAGUGGGCUCUGGGAGAAGGCAUCAGCCCUUCUACCUUUGCCCAGCUCCUGAACUUUGUGUAUGGGGAGAGUGUAGAGCUGCAGCUUGGGGAGCUAAGGCCCCUUCAGGAGGCGGCGAGGGCCUUGGGAGUGCAGUCCCUGGAAGAGGCAUGCUGGAGGGCUCGAGGGGACAGGGCUAAAAAGCCAGAUCCAGGCCUGAAGAAACAUCAGGAGGAGCCAGAGAAACCCUCAAGGAAUCCUGAGAGAGAACUGGGGGACCCUGGAGAGAAGCAGAACCCAGAGCAGGUUUCUAGAACUGAUGGGAGAGAACAGGAGAUGUUGCACAAGCACUUGCCACCAACAGGCAGCCCCGAGAUGGCAGGAGCAACGCAGGAGGCUCAGCAGGAACAGACCAGGUCAAAGGAGAAACGCCUCCAAGCCCCUGUUGGCCAAAAGGGAGCAGAUGGGAAGCACGGAGUGCUCAUGCGGUUGAGGGAAAAUCCAGGGGGCUCUGAAGAAAGUCUGCGCGAGCUCCCUGGCCCCCUUCCCCCAGCAGGCUCCCAGCAAACCAGCAUCACCCCUAGGCCCUCGUGGGCUGAGGCCCCUUGGUUGGUGGGGGGCCAGCCUGCCCUGUGGAGCAUCCUGCUGAUGCCGCCCAGAUAUGGCAUUCCCUUCUACCAUAGCACCCCCACCACUGGAGCCUGGCAGGAGGUCUGGCGGGGCCAGAGGAUCCCACUGUCCCUAAAUGCCCCCAAAGGGCUCUGGAGCCAGAACCAGUUGGCCUCCUCCAGCCCCACCCCAGGUAAGCCCCUCACUGUCCUGCAUACACCUGUAACACGGUGUCUUCUCUGGGGAGAGGCUCCAGGAGUCCAGCCUGAGCAGGGCCCCUACCUCCCACUGUUCCCUCCAGGUUCCCUCCCCCAGGGCCCCGGACAGCUCAGCCCUGGGGAGAUGGAAGAGUCUGAUCAGGGGCACACAGGCGCACUUGCAACCUGUGUGGGUCAUGAGGACAAGGCAGGCUGCCCACCUCGCCCGCACCCUUCCCCGGCCCCUCCUGCUCGGUCUCGGCCCUAUGUGUGCUCUGUCUGUGGAAAGAGGUUUUCACUCAAGCAUCAGAUGGAGACGCACUACCGAGUCCACACAGGAGAGAAGCCCUUCUCCUGUAGCCUUUGUCCUCAGCGCUCCCGGGACUUCUCGGCCAUGACCAAGCACCUGCGGACACACGGGGCCGCUCCGUACCGCUGCCCCCUGUGCGGGGCCGGCUGUCCCAGCCUGGCCUCCAUGCAGGCGCACAUGCGCGGUCACUCGCCCAGCCAACUCCCGCCCGGAUGGACCAUCCGCUCCACCUUCCUCUACUCCUCCUCGAGGCCGUCUCGGCCCUCGACCUCUCCCCGUUGUCCUUCUUCCUCUACCACCUGACGGGGUGUCGGUAGCGUCUUAGCCAAGAGUCCAAUUAAGAACGAAAAGCGGGCCGGCUCGGCUUCUGACCUGGUACCGCUGCUACGGCGGCCUAGCAAAUUCCGCCCCAGAGGCGCCCCAGGAAGGGCGCUGAGUGCCCUCUCCUGGACGAUCGCGGGUCGCAGAAGCACAGGCCCGCGAGCCCUACAGGGUGAGGACACUGAAGUGUGCAGAAGCGAAGGUUAACAGUAGGGGGGAUUGUCGAUCUUAUCACCAUAAUAAAGAGUUUCCUGUGCCCUCCCUUCAGGACUAGAAA